ACCGCAGGGCGAAGGUCGCCCGGACCGCAGUCACAACAUUUCUGGAGUUAAAUGAAGCGAUCAUUUACUGAAGUGCUGCGUGUGUCUCUGCUCUCAGGAGGCAGGAAUGAGACUCCCCCACCGCUGAGCUCAAGAUGAGAGAGUGGUGGAUUCAUGUGGGUCUGAUCUGCAUCCCGCUGGUGGCCGUCUACCUGCACAUCCCGCCCCCCCAGCUCUCACCUGCCCUGCAGAAAUGGCACAGUGCCGGGGAGGUGUUCAACUUCAGGGGCAGGGAGAUUUUCUACAGAGAAUCCUACGGCGCUCUGGGAAGCUCUGACGUCGUCCUCCUGCUCCACGGUUUCCCCACCUCCAGCUUCGACUGGAACAAGAUCUGGGAGCCACUCACUCAGCGCUUCCAUCGAGUCAUUGCACUGGAUUUCCUGGGUUUUGGCUUCAGUGACAAACCACGACCCCACAGGUACUCCAUCUUCGAGCAGGCCAGUGUGGUGGAGGCGCUGGUGGCCCACUUGGGUUUGAGCAACCAGCGAGUCAAUCUGGUGUCACAUGACUAUGGAGACACUGUGGCCCUGGAGCUUCUCUACAGGAGUGACCAGAACCGCACGGGUCACCUGACCUUCAACAGCCUCUGUCUCUCUAACGGAGGAUUAUUCCCAGAAACACAUUACCCUCGUCUGCUGCAGACACUUCUAAAGGACUCCAGUUUUCUGGCUCCGGUUCUGACACGUCUUACCAACUAUAUGAUCUUCCAAAAAGGGAUUGGAGAUGUGUUCGGUCCGUACACGCAGCCCACAGAUGCUGAGUUCUGGGACAUGUGGACAGGUUUACGCUACAACGAUGGCAACUUAGUGUUGGACAGUAUUCUGCAGUACAUCAACCAGAGACUGAAACACAGAGAGCGAUGGGUCGGUGCGCUCACUUCCACCUUCGUCCCACUGCACAUGAUCUACGGACCCCUGGACCCCGUCAACCCUCAUCCUCAGUUUAUCCGUCUGUACCAGCAGCUGGUCCGGAGAUCAACAGUCACUAUUCUGGAUGAGCACAUCAGUCACUACCCUCAACUGGAAGAUCCCACCGGCUUCCUCAAUGCAUAUUUCAAUUUUAUCCACUCUUUCUGAGGCAGAACACAGCGCUUCCGUAUUCAUGAAACAAUCCAGACCCUUAUCAAGCAGCUUUUGCACGAGGUGCAAAGACCUGUCCCGAUGAUU